AAGGGCACGUAUUCACGCAAUGGUUAUAUCUAUGCAUCGAUCGCUGGAACCGUUAAGAUUGUGCACAACGAUGACAACACUAAGACACUGGAAGUGCUGAGAGUGGACCGCAACAGACAUUUAGUGCCACAAAUGGACUCAAUAGUGACGUGUCGGGUGCUGUCAAUGACAGAAAGUGUGGUGAAAGUGAGCAUUCAUUGCAUCGAAGGACAGGUCUUGAAACAGCCGUUUAGAGCUUUGUUGAAGAAGGAGAACAUCAGAGGAAUGGAGACCGAGAAGACACAGAUCUGUAAUUCAUUUAGACCUUCAGACAUAAUACUGGCAAAAGUGAUUGGUUUUGGGGAGAAUAACAGCUAUUUGUUGAGUACCGCUCAAAACGAGUUGGGAGUUGUGGUCGCACUCAACCAUUCAGACAUAAUACUGGCAAAAGUGAUUGGUUUUGGGGAGAAUAACAGCUAUUUGUUGAGUACCGCUCAAAACGAGUUGGGAGUUGUGGUCGCACUCAACCAUUCAGGAAUACCAAUGAAACCCAUGAGUUGGACAGAGAUGUCGUGUCCGAUCACAUACGCUCGCGAACAGCGAAAAGUGGCUCAAUUGGCCAACCCUUCGGACACUGAACACAUUCAAUGACAUACGAGUCAAUAGUUAUAGAAAAUACUAUUUUUACACAAUAUAUUCAUUUCAAUUGAGAGAAAGCA